AGACUGUGGUGUAUGGCAUCACCACCAGGGUCAGGGGUCACAACAUGAUACACCAGCAGAUGUAUUACUAUACACUCAUUCAUCGCAAAAUGAAUAAGUCGGACAAAAUUAGACAUAAAUUGUUAGCUAUAUUUGCCGGACCGGGAUGGAGGCCAGGAGGCCCUCGAUUGGGGUUUAUGGAAGAGAUACCGGAUGCAGUCGAUGAGGACACACCUCGAUUAGAGUUACCCCUAUGGCAAGUGCUGUACACAUCAUUCACAUGUAUUGUAACUCUCAUUGGUUUCUAUUUGUUUGCCAAUCAUUCACAAGUGUUUGCCCAUGAU